UCUCGACUUCUUUGUUCAUAUCAGUAUGACCUGCAAGAGAAGAAACAACGGACGUAACAAGCACGGCCGUGGCCACAACAAGUUUGUUCGCUGCAUCAACUGCUACCGCUGCGUCCCCAAGGACAAGGCUAUCAAGCGUUUCACCAUCCGUAAUAUGGUUGAAGCCGCUGCUGUCCGUGAUCUUCAGGAGGCAUCCAUCUACGAGGAAUACGCCAUUCCCAAGUUGUAUGUCAAGUUGCACUACUGCGUCUCCUGCGCCAUUCACGCCAGAGUUGUCCGCGUUCGUUCCGUCGUCAACCGUCGCAACCGUGCUCCUCCACCAAGAUUCCGCUUCCAGCAAAAGAACAAGGCCUAAACCGGUUGUCAUGCUAAUCCCAUCAACUCGAUUUCUGAUCACUUUGUUCUGAAAUAAACAAAAAGAAAGUCGGAUCAUCCGCUGUCCUGGAGUCAAUUACAUA